AACCUUGUCCCCGCCCCCAAAUUUGGAGUUUAUAAAGUUUCCUUUAAAAUGGUAAAGAGGUUCUUUUGGAUCAAGCAACAAACAGUUGAUGAGCACAACGACUCUGCUGCUUCUCACAAUAAUGACCCCCAAAUCACUCUUCUCUCUGGUCCUCCUUCUUGUGGCAAAACAUCACUUCUCUUCCAGUUUGCAGUUAACAAUGUUUUAGAACAAGGAAGAGAUGUGAUUUUUAUAUGCAGCAAACACAGAUUAGAGAAAAAACCUCCAUUCUUAUCUCAGGGUCUGGAUCCUUCUUCAGAUAUCUUUCAGAAAAUCAAAAUGAAAUAUGUGGAAGAUGAUGAAGGGAUUAAGAAAUAUUUCGCUGCAUUUCAUAUGCACUGGAACAAUGAAGGGGGAACGUUCCCUGGAGCGGUAAUUAUCGAUGAUUUUGGGGAGUUCUUUGAUGACACUAAUUGUAAACAAAGAUAUGGUGGUAAUUAUCGAGGACGGGAUUUAGCUGUGGUUCGUAGUCUUGCGUUAUGUCGUGACGCGAUUCUCCACGCCAAUGAAAGACUACUGCUCGAAUCGUCAUUAGUAGGAGGAGACAAGUAUAGUUGCAAGCUUUUGAUUUCGGAUACUCAUCUUGGGGAUACACCCAGGUCUUUAUUCAUCUAUAAGAGAUGGGUUCCUUCCAUUUUCACAAUUAAGCCAGGUGAUGGAUCUGGGUCAUACCUACUUAACAAUAUUACAAGCAGUACCAGUGCAGGUAUCAUCAGCUCAACAGGGGCGACAUUGGAGGCAUUAGCAUCAACAACUGUAUCAGCGGCAGGAAGGAAGAAAACUGCUGGUUGUGCCAAGUAUUCGAUUGCUCUUCAGUAUCUCAUGUUGGAAGAUCUUAUUAUCUGAAAAACAGAACUCCAUUACUACUGGUAAUGCUCUGUACGCAAUUUUCUUUUCCUUCGUUUGUUAAUGUCCAUGUGUAGUUAAUGAGAAAUUGUGGAUGGGGUAGAACCAGGUAUCUGUUUCUCUACCAAAAUUUAUCUAUUGUAACUGAAAUUGAUAAAUAAUGAAGCUGAGUAUGCUUAGUUGAAGGUGGAUUAUGGCAAAAUUUUUUUAGAAA